AUGGUAACUGAUGAGCAUAACAGAAACCUGAAAGCUAUCCCUACAAUGGAGGAGUUGAGAACUGUAGUGUUUUUAAUGAAUCCCAAUUCAGCUGCGGGACCUGAUGGAAUGAAUGGUGCUGAAGUCCUCUCCAGGCUCAGGAACAAUCUUCAUCAACACCCCCAAUAUCAUGGUUUCCUGAUGGCUAAAAAGGGCCCUCAAAUUAAUCAUCUCAGUUUUGCAGAUGACAUCAUCAUAUUCUCAUCUGGAAGAUCUCAUACCUUGAAGCUUAUCAUGGAGACACUACAUACCUAUGAGCAUGCUUCAGGCCAAUUGAUCAACAGAGACAAGAGUAACUUCAUGGUACCCUCAAAUGCCUUCAACUCUACUGUUAGAAGAAUCAAGAAAGUUACAGGCUUCAAACAGAGGAUCAUCUAUUAUUCUGAGCUUAUAGCUAAAGUUGUGGCGAGGAUAGCUGGAUGGCAGGCAAAGUUAAUUAGUUAUGGAGGAAGAGUUACUUUGAUUAAGCAUGUCAUCCAAGCACUUCCUAUUCACUUGUUAUCUGCUAGUUCCCCUCCUGCAACUACUAUCAAGCAAAUUCAAAGCAUCACAACCAAUUUCUUCUGGGGGUGGAAGAAUGAAAGGAGGAAAUAUCAUUGGUCUUCUUGGAAGAAUCUGAGUUAUCCCUAUGAAGAGGGUGGUAUUGGAGUGAGACUAAUAUCAGAUGUUGCCAAGUCUUUCCAAUACAAACAAUGGUGGAUAUUCAGAACUAAGAAUUCCUUAUGGACUGAGUUCCUCAAAGCUAAGUACUGUCAGAGGUCAAAUCCUAUAACCAAAAAAUGGCAUACAGGACAGUCUCUGAUAUGGAAGCACCUCAUGAAGAACAAGCACAAUGUUGAGCCUCAUAUCCAAUGGCAGAUACAGUCUGGUUCUUGCCUCUUUUGGUGGGAUAAUUGGUUGGGAGUUGGCCCCUUAGCUAAUUUCAGAAAGCACCUCCUCAGUUUGUACCUAGCAUCCUGGCAAGUAACAUCAACUAUCAGCCCCACAAACUUGAUCAGGCCUCUUGGAAGCCUAAUAACAGUGGGGUAUUUAGUUGUUCUUCUGCCUAGGAACUUAUCAGGGACAAAAGGAGUAAGACAAGAAUUAACUCUCAAACAUGGCACAAACACAUUCCUUUUAAGUGUUCCUUUCUACUCUGGAGAGCACUUAGAGGGAAACUGCCUACUAAUGAAAAGCUUAUCAGCUUUGGAGAAGCCCCAGCCCAAUGUUACUGUUGCCAUAGAGCUGGUUUGGAUACCAUUGACCAUAUAUUUGUUUCUGGAAACUUUGCCAGGAAGCUGGCCAAAUAGCUGGAAGGAACUGGUCCUUCUUGUGGAAAAAUAUACUAAUGAAGUUAAUGUUAGUACUGUCUACUGGAGGAAACCUUCAGCUCACAUGGUGAAGCUGAACACUGAUGGUAGUGCACUUCACAACCCUGGAAAAAUAGGAGGGGGAGGAUUACUAAGUAACAAUCAAGGAGAUCUUCUCUUUGCUUUCUCAACCCCUUUUGGAGAAGGCACAAACAACCAAUCUAAAAUAUUGGCAGCCAUCUUUGGUUUGACUUGGUGUCUCCAAUUAGGAUAUACUAAAGUGAUCCUUGAAGUGGACUCUGAGCUAGUAAUCAGAUGGAUAAAACACUUAGCUCAACAACCAUGGACUGUCAAAGCACAACUCCAGCAGUUGCAGGACAUCAACCAUCAAUUCCAGGUCUUCAAAUCUAGCCACACCUACAGAGAAGCCAACUUUACAGCUGAUGCCUUGUCCAAACAUAGCCACAAAUGCACUACCCCACAGAUUUAUCUCACUAAGCAAGAGCUUCCUAAAGAGGCAAGAGCUUACUUUGAGCUUGACAAACUGGAAAUGGCCAACUUCAAAAGAAGAAGGCUUAAGAGAAUCAAGAAACCACCAUGA